UUUUAAAGACAUCAUCAUCGUUCAUACACAAUUAAAAAAUAGUAUGAGAACUUAAAAUGAACUUUUUAUUGUUUGGUAACAGCUUGGCUGCAAAGCUUCGCCUAUCUUAAUCAAUUUGCAUUUAGAUAAGUCGUUGAAUGAUAAAGAAUAUCGCAUUCCUGUAACAGAAAUGAUGAUGAAAGUCUUAAAUAUGACUUUCAUAUUGCAACUGCUGGCGUUAAAUCUAACGCCUACAGUCUUGGCGACGCAUUAUAAUCGCGCUCAUAAACUGAAACCGUAUGCGGGUGGUGCGCAGCAAUCGCCGAAAAUAACUCCUUCGUAUCCCACCGAUUCGAAUGUGUAUGUGUCACAUGCCCGCCCCCCGUACCGAAAAAAUCAAGUUCAACAGUACACGAGCAUUGCGAAUACGAAUGCGAAUCCAAAUGGUAGUCCGAAUGGACUUUAUGCUAUCAUUGACGCUCAGUCAUUAUCUGAUGAAUACAUGGAUCCAUUUCAAGAACCUUCGUUGACAUCUUCUUCGUCGUCGUCGUCGUCGUCGUCGGCGGCUGACAAUACCUUAAUUGUUAGUCAUCAACAGAUGAGUACUUGUCAAACGGUAUGCGCCUGCAAGUGGAAAGGUGGUAAGCAGACGGUAGAAUGCAUUGAUCGCUUGCUUAUCAAGAUACCGGAUAAUAUUGAUCCCUCCACGCAAGUGCUGGACAUGUCGGGUAAUAAGCUGCAUACGCUUCUGAAUGAGCAAUUCGUACGCGUUAAUCUCCUAAAUUUGCAAAAGUUGUAUUUACGUAGUUGCAAAAUCGAACAUAUCGAACCGCAUACAUUCAAAGGCUUGACCAAUUUGGUCGAGCUAGAUUUGUCGCACAAUUUGUUGAUGGCCGUGCCCUCAAUGGCUUUGGGUUAUAUAUCGUCGUUACGCGACUUAACAUUGUCGUCGAAUCGUAUCCAUAAAAUCGAAUCAAAGGCGUUUGCCGAUACUCCUGCACUUCAUAAGUUGGAUUUGUCACAUUGCGAUAUACAACUGGUCGCUCCGCAGGCUUUCGAAGGCUUACAUGGUCUCACUUUGUUGCGUUUGAAUGGUAAUAAAUUGAGUGAAUUAGUUCCAAAGACAAUCGAAACCUUAAGUCGUUUGCAUGGGAUUGAAUUGCACGAUAAUCCUUGGAUGUGUGACUGCCGUUUGCGUGACGCAAAACUUUGGCUUAUGGAAAAGAAUAUACCGUAUCCUGUAGCGCCGGCCUGCGCAGGAGGCCCGGAGAGGGUAAUUGAUCAAACAUUCAAUGAACUGAGUGUCAAUGAUUUUGCCUGUAAACCAGAAAUGUUGCCGGUUGGUCAUUACGUAGAGACAACUAUGGGAGAGAAUGCGUCUAUGUCAUGUCGAGCUAAGGCCAUACCUGAACCUCACGUUAGCUGGUAUUGGAACGGUCGUCUAUUGUCAAAUAAUACCGCCUUUAGCUCCCAUCAGAGACUACACAUUUUAGAACAUGGUGGCUUUGAAAAAAUAUCGCGUUUGAUUUUAACGAAUGCGCAGGAUAUCGAUUCCAGCGAGUUUUACUGUGUGGCCGAGAAUAGGGCCGGAUCUGCCGAAUCAAAUUUCACUUUACAUGUACGAAUGCGGGCCGCCGGUAUGGCUUCUCUUGGUAGCGGGCAAAUCGUGGGUUUGAGCGCUGCUCUUGUCGUUCUCAUAAUUUUCGUUUUGUUCUUUGUCUUGUUUUUGCUGCUGCGCCUGAAACGAGAACCUUAUACCGCCACGAAAACGCCCAAUCACCUUGAAGUCAUAACGAGUAUUAAUCACCAAAAUAUGAUUAUAAAUAAAACUCAACCAUUAUCAAUGAAUGGAAGUACGAGUGGGACAUUAUCGAAUGGCUUGGACUCUAAAAAUAGCUUAGAUGAUGUAAGGGAUGGAGUAGAGAAAGAAAAUGCCGCUGGCACGUGUGCCAACCCACUACAGAAGCCACCCCGUCUAACGGACAUGACGUACGCUACUAAUAGUUAUGAUAAAGGUGCUGGGAGCAUACUUGCUACAGCGUCUUGCUUCAUUUCACCGACAACUUCGACGGGUAAUAAUCCUGAUUUGAUAAACGAUACUAAACGUUUUGAAAGCGAAGAGUUUUCUGAUUUGAAAAUCUCAACCAAUCUAACGAAGCAACUGAUCGCGGAAUUCGCCAGCAUUGCUAAUAGUGGUGAUUAUAAAAGAGCAGGUGGUUGUGAUUCAUUAUACCCCUCGGGUUUGUGGGAGAACGUGCCAUCCGUUGGAUGUACUUCAUCAGCUGAUGACUUAUUUCUGCGCCAUUACACUGACAAAACGCCUAUCAUGGAAACGCAUCAGUUGUACGAUAUACAGGACAACACUUCGAGUAGCGAGAAUUUCAGCAAAACUUUCCCGCGAACAAAUUUCAAUCACAAUCCAUUGGUUACGGAGGAUGGUGUUAACAUGAAUACGAAUUCUCCUUCGUCGGCUAUGUUUUUGCGUGGAUCCGACUCAACAGCAUCAACCACAACCACAAACCUAUCCAAUUCGGGAUCAGGCAUAAUGGGUGGCUAUCCCCAUGACUAUGGUCUGCCCCUAGUACCGGGAGCUGAACUGCAACAUAACCAUCAUUUGCAAAUACAUCCUUUGCAAAAACAGUUGGCAAGUGGUACUUUGGGGCGGGGAGCUAAUGUUAAUAAUUUCAGUAGAGUAACAAUAAACAACAGUAUGUCACCGUUCACAAGUCGCACUUUACCGCGUCAGAAAGCCAAUGUAACUGUCGAUAGUUUAAAUAGUUCAAGAUCCUCACCUGUACAUACAAAUGGCAUUGCUACAAUGUCUCCGGCCCAAACGAACACGCAGACAUUGAAUGCGAAAACGAUACGAGUUUGGCAAAAAGGAGGAGUGCCCGUCUUACCACCUGUUUCGGCAUUAAAGCGAGCACUGAUCAGUAAUAGUCGCAACUCACCUGAUGAAGGCUAUCAAGAAGGUUGCGGCACCGACGUAUAAGUAUUUAAAUAUGCUUUACAGAGGAAAGAAUAAAAUUUGUGAAGAUAAUAUAAACGCAUAUGUACAUAUUUUGCAUAUCCGCCUGACUGAAUUUAAAUUGAAUCUAAUUAAACUCUGAAUUAUGUAUGCACAGGUAUAUGUGAACAACAAAAAAAAGCAGACAUUCUUAAAUUAAAAAGUCUGUACGCGAGCGAUAGCCGUCAUAUACAAAAGUUCAAACUGAACGAACUAUAUAUGCAUAUAUACGUAGAGUAUUGGAAAGUUGCUGCAAAUGUUGCUAACAUGAACGAUGUUAGCAUCGAUAGAACUGUGUGAUAGUGUUGUAUAAGAAAAUAAUUAGAUUAUCGUUUCAUAUAAUUAUGAUAAGAGUAACAAUAAACAAAUUUAACUCUGCUAGAUUCACGUUAUAUAAAAGCUAAAGAGGGUUAAGGAU